UCAGCUGUGUCAACAAACUCGGGGAUAAACAUUUAGAAUGGACGUCUGACUUUAUAACACAUAUUUGUCAUAUGUCGAUGCUUUUAAAAAGAGGUUUGGGAAGAAAUGAAAUAAAAUAAGUGGCUGCUUGGAUGAGAAAAUGUGCUUGUAGCUAGUGGUAGCUAACUGUAAACUGGGAUGCUAUCGUUACCAUGAGCUAACAUAAGCUAACGGUAACGGUAUGCGAACAGCAGCAGUCGCUGGGUGCUGCUUCCUCUUCUGCCUUAACCAUCAGCACAGCGGUUUGACUGAUUACCAGCUAGUAAGUUAGCUUGAUAAUCUCAACCAAGACACUUGUUUCCAUUUGUUACGUGCCUUUUACUUCCUGGUACUCCAGUAUGGGGAUGUGCUUGCCGUGCCUUGGUGGAGCAGCGGACGACGUUGUUGCGGUCACACCAGAUCCAGACGCAAGGAGACGACAAUUGGCUGAGGCUGCUGAGAAAAGACAGAAAGAGACAACAUACAGGGGGGUUAAAAAUCCAGAAGCAGUCGAGAGAAAAAAGAAGAAACAGGAAGAGAUGGAAAAACAGGAGAUGACCGGCUCUGUGUCUGGAGGCGGCGGCGGCGGGUUGAGGUGGCAGGUGGGCUGAAAAUCAAGAUGAAGUCAAAAACAAAGUGAAGAAUUGAAGCAAGACGACUUGAAAGAUGUUUGAACUGCUGUCGGGUUUUGUUUUUUUUUGCUUUUGUUUUGAUAUUAUGAGACAAGUGGCUACAGGUGUCAUGCUUUAUGCAAAACAAUCUGAAGUGCUUACAGACAGAACAGCAGGAAAACCCUCUUGUUGCCAAGUUAUACAAGCCAGCACAGACGUUUGGACAGGGAUAACAGACAUGUGCAAGUAGAUACAGGUCAUACUGUAUUAGUUUUAUUUAAAAAUAGAUAUGACAGUCUUACAGUGAUCACCAUUAGAUAACACUAAAUAAUAUGAUGAUUGAGUCCAGCUUUCACUCUGCUGGCUGUUGUCAUAUUAAGACAAAGCUGUCAUUAACCACUUUUUAGCUUUUUCACUUCACUGCUUUUAGUUUUCACUGUGGAGGAUUUGUAAAUCCACAUUGUCUGCACUGCUUUUUGUACGACUUUUUUCAACAAUCUGUCAAGGAAAAACACAGUUUAUGUUUACAAACUUGAAAGUGUGCUUAUGAAGGUUUUUCAUACAAUUAAACAAGCACCCAGUUAACAUGUAUUUAACCUAAUUGAGGGCUCUAUUUAUGGGCAACAUAAAGACUUGUGCAAGAAGUGUUAUAACGUAUUUACCACCCGGUGGAUGGUUCUGUGAUCAGUGCAGUGCUCAUGUCACAUGGGAAUCCCAAUGAGGCAUUAUGCUGAGGAAAUGUUUGAUAACCAGGUCUGAACUCAAUGCAACAUCACUGAGUUACAAACUUCAUACCUUAGUGAUAAAAUAUACAGCAGCUUCCAAAUGUUGCUGUUAAUAACCCUGUGCACAAGUCUUUGGUAUAAAUCAUUUAAUAGAGCCCUUUUAGUUUUUGCUCUGCACAAUUGUGUUGCAUUGAAUUACAAUGUGUGCAAACCACUGAUGUGAUGCCUGCUUAUUUAUAUGAUAUGAUAUGUGUUUGUGACAAACAGAAGCUUUUGUAAGACAUCUAUUUGCACACAGUGGGUGUGGGCAGCAAACAUGCUUUCUAACACUAUGCUGGAGAUAGAAAUGUCAGCUGUUAUAGAAACGGGAGAAACCUUUGGUAGGAAAAACAAGUGAAGUAUGUACGGUACACAGGGAAGUAUUUACUUUGACGUGCUUAACUAAGUGCAUUUCUUAAAGCCUUCACUUGAUCCUUAAAGGCUUCUGGUGCUCCUACCAUUUUGUAGAACAGCACAUAUAGCCAAUGUUAUUUGCUACAAUAAAUUAAAUUUCUGCUA